UUAUACAAAUUGUACUGGGUACAAUCUGCUACAUUCUAUUGAUCACUAUAGAUACAAACACAAGAAGGGUCCGAUCAAAAGAAACCCUAAUCGCAUCGAAGAAGAAGAUGAAUGAAGGUGAUACUGUUAAGCCGCCGCCGCCUAGUUAUCGGAAACCUGUUUCCUGCAUCAUAGGUGAUGCAUACACUGGCAAAACCAUGCUUCUCGGUUGUAUUCGAGUGGUGAAGGAAUCCCGGAUAUGUUAUUUCUAUUGUUUAAGUGGAUCCAAUACACCAUUAUUCACAAGUUUACCUACAGUCAACAAGCUGUGCAGAGAUUUAAACAUGAUAUUCGUCCACCUGUGCUCAAGCCUAAUGAUGAUUUGGACUCCAACAUGUAACUUUCACUCAUUGGAAGCAAUUCUCAAGAUUAUGAAAACUCCACAAGUCAAUAUUCCUGUUAGUGCUGUAAACAUAGGUCCUGUUCAUAAGAAGGAUGUGGAGAAGGCCAGUGCAAUGCUUGAAAAGAAACCAGAGUAUGCUGUUGUGUUGGCGUUUCCUGCCAUGGUCACCCCUGGAGCUUGGCAACUUGCACACAAAUUGGGUGUCAAAAUUUUCAUCUCCGAUAAAAUGCAUCAUCUAUUUGAUCGAUUUAAGACUUACAUGAACAACAUUAAGGAGGCGCAAAAGAAAGAUUCUGCUGAUGAGGCCUGCGUUCUCAAGAUCAAGCCAAAUUUUGUCUUCAACCAUAAGGAUCCCAUUGUUUUGGGAGUAGAUGUCCUUCAAGGCAUUUUGAAGUGACAGGAAUUUGCAAUUCUAUAUUUUUGGGCCUUGGGAUUGGCAAUCCAAUUUGUAUUCCUUCACAAAAGAACAUUGAUAUUGGCCGCAUUGCCUCCAUUGAGAAUAACCUUAAACCGGUUGAUAAAGCGAAGAAAGGGCAGCAAGUAGUCAUUAAGAUUGUUGGCAGCAGUUCUGAGGAACGACAGAAAAUGUUUGGGAGGCAUUUUUGGAUUGAUGAACUUGUGAGCCAUAAUACCGGGGUCAUAUGAUUGUGGAUGAAUGGAAGUUGGUGAAGAAAUUGGAGAUUAUUACAGUGAGACUUGAUAUCUAUUUUUUCAAGAUAGAACGAGAGUAUUCACCAAUGAUGUUCGACAGGGGAAAGCAAAUAUUCAAGGGAGUAUUUAUCACGUGACAAAAACAAAAUAGUUCACUUUAAUAUGUUCAAAUUUUCCAUUUGUAGCUGAUGCAUGGUAUUUAAUGAUGAGUUAUAUGCAUCAUUUGCGAAUGUGUAGUAUCUUUAAAAGAGGAAUGAUAGGGUCACACCCUCUAACACACUCAAAUUAUAACUUGCCAUCUCAUCUACUUUUUCUUCUCAUUAACU